AUGGUGCGACUUUGUAUAAUAUGUAAUAAAGAACGAGCUAUUGUCAAACGUCCAAAGACAGGGCAACAAGUUUGCCGAGAGUGUUUUUAUUAUGUAUUUGAAACAGAAAUUCAUAAUACUAUUACGGAUAAUAAAUUAUUUAAAAAAGGUGAUAAAGUAGCUAUUGCGGCUUCUGGAGGAAAAGUUUUGGCAUAUGUUAUGAAACUUUUGAAUCAAAGAUAUCAAUAUGGUCUAGAUCUUUUUCUUUUGUCAAUUGAUGAAGGAAUAACAGGUUAUCGAGAUGACUCUUUGGAGACUGUGAAGAGGAACCAGCAACAAUAUGAGCUUCCACUCAAAAUUGUUUCUUAUAGUGAAUUGUAUGGAUGGAGUAUGGACCAAAUCGUUAAAGAAGCAUUAGAUCGAGGGGCUGUAAUUUUGAAUGUAGAUCAUAUAGUGACGGGACAUAAUGCUGAUGAUAUCGCUGAAACAGUUUUGAUGAAUA